AUGUGUCGGAAAGCACAGCAUGACCGUGCCAGCCUUCUGAAGUUUUUGAUUUUGGAGACAAAACAAAUACAACUUAAAAUUACAAACAACCUCGAAAACGCCGGGAUGGAAAAGUUAACCCCGUAAAACUUAACACCCUAAUCCUGUAGUAGUGUAGUGCACUGUACACCCGAUUGGUUUCCCUGGUUUAACAAAAAAAAAAUGACGCAAAACGACUGCAAACAAUUUUAAAUUGAAACCCGUUCAUCCCUGCGCCAGAUCCUGUUCCGAUAAGGAUGUCUUCCUUGCGACAGCACGCAUUGGUUCAAUAUGCUCUACUGGUUGCCGCCUCACUGCUUUCCUACGGCGGUGCAUUGUACGGAACGUUCGUGUUCGACGAUUCGGCAGCAAUCGUGAAGAACUUGGACGUGCGUAACGUGGCCACACCGUUUCACACCCUGCUGCAGCACGAUUUUUGGGGCAACAAUUUAACCGACCCGACGAGCCACAAAUCCUUCCGUCCGCUAACGGUGCUAAGCUAUCAGCUGGAGAAUCGUAUCCUCGGCCUAAACGCCGGUCACAUGAAGAAAGUGAACCUUGUCCUUCAUACAAUCGUGUGUCUGCUGGUGUUACGCCUAUAUCAAACAGUGUGGCGCGAUUCCGGCCCAUUUCGUACAUCGUUUUGGGCCGCCUUUGUCUUUACCGUACAUCCUAUACAUACCGAGGCGGUCGUUGGUAUUGUGGGACGAGCCGAUUUGUUGGCAGCGAUUGGAUACAUUACCAUUCUGCUGCUGUACCAACGCUGGCUGGUGAGCGAACGCCGGUAUGGGUUGUUGGUAUUUUUGGCCCUUUUUCUUCUAACCGUAACAUCGAUGCUGUUCAAAGAAACGGGCAUGACCGCCCUGGUGGCAUGCGGUGCAAUCGAUUUGUUGAAACGAAUCAAUUGGCAUUAUGUGCGACUUCCCGUGCGUGAAUUGUUUCAAACGCAUCGAACCUGCUUGGUACGCGUCUUUACGCUGGCCAUUCUAUCAGUGAUCGCAGUCACAUUGCGCCUAUGGAUUAUGGACUUCGAAAGUCCAAAGUUCCAUCGAAUGGAUAAUCCUGUAGGAGCGACCAACAGCACGAUCACGCGAAUACUUUCCCAAAGCUAUCUUUACUGGCUUAACUUUUUUCUGUUACUCUGUCCCGAUUGGUUAAGCUUCGAUUGGGCCCUUGGGUCUGUUCCGCUGGUGGAAAACAUUUUCGAUGGUCGGAUGCUUCUUAUCGUUCUGUUUUACGGUACGGUAGCAAUACUAGCAUUACGGUGCAACGAAUCCAAGGCACGAGAAAUCAGAAUAUCGCUAGCGCUGGCCAUCAUUCCUUUCCUACCAGCUUGUGGAUUUGUCCGGGUUGGGUUUGUAAUUGCUGAACGGCUCUUGUAUCUCCCUUCGGUUGGCUUUUGCUACCUCCUAGCGGUUGGUUACCGUCGGUUGAUCAAACGCUCCGUAGUUUUCUACAUUCCGCUAUGCUUCCUCUGUACCAUGUUCAUCCUGAAAACCCAAUCCCGCGCAUACGAAUGGAGCUCGGAAGACCUUCUGUUCCGUUCGGCGAUGCGUGUCUGUCCACGGAAUGCAAAGGUAUACUACAACAUUGCCCGACUUGCAACCGAUCAGGGUGAUCGUGAAACUGCCUUCACAUUCUAUCGGCACGCCAUCAAGUUGCAUCCGGAGUAUGAAGCGGCACACAUGAAUCUGGGCAAUCUGUAUCGUGAAAUGCACGAACUGGACACGGCCGAACGUCAUCUAAGGAAGGCGAUUGAAAUACACGAACCUUUUCCAUCGGCCUGGAUGAAUCUGGGCAUUGUACAGGCGGCACGAAAAGAUCAUCAAGCAGCGCUGGCCAGCUAUCGGCGAGCAUUGGAGCUAAAGCCAAACUAUGCGAACUGUUUGUACAAUUUGGGUAACUUGUACAUCGACAAACAAAACUCCUCGAUGGCUCUACGGUACUGGCGCGAAGCAAUACAGCAGAAUCCGCGCCACAGCAAAGCGUGGGCCAACAUUCUCGCACUGUACGAUAAUCGGGGCCGUACGGAGGAUAUUAUUCGCACAUCAGCACUAGCGCUUACCUUCCUACCGAACGAUACCGCUAUCCUGUUUACCCGUGCCAAUGCGUUCGGUAAGCUGGGCCAAUACGAAACGGCCGAAGCCCUUUACCGCCAGAUCAUUGCCGCCCGGCCCGAUCAUGCUGUAUACCGUGCCAAUCUUGGCGUACUGUAUCACCGAUGGGGCGGACGAAAUACUCAAGCGAUCGAACAGUAUCGGGCGGCGCUUCGUUUAGAUCCGAACUUGCGUAGCGCAAAAACGAAUCUUUUAAAACUGAUGGACUCAUCGUAGUUGCUUCCACGCGUACAGGCGCAACCAUUCAAACUCUCUGUACUGAUUGAAAAGCGGACUUUUUUAGUCCUUUUUUCUUACUUAAAAAGGGAGAGUACGUUUAUCUCUCUUUCUCUGAAUGACCGCGGAUGGUUGUAACUCUUGUGUAAAACUUUUACCAUUAUUUAUUGCUCUAAGAAGUAUUGUGAAGCACAGGGGCGUUUUACAAACGUAUUUCAAAGUAUUGGAUUGUAAUUUCGCUUUUACUUUCUCCGGUAGGAAGUUGUGUUGUGAAAAUGUUUAAUGAACAAAAUGAAGCUCAAGACACGGCCAGUCAACGAACGAAACACUCCUAUUACUAGUGUUAUUUUAAACUAUAUUACGAUACACCAUAUCGUACUCGAAAACAAGCAAUAACUUAUACAUCGAAUCACGAAUGAAGCAGUGAAAUUAAAACAUAAUCACGUAUUUUACACACCAAAAA